GGGCAUUGCUCCCCUUGGACUUAAAGGUCAAACUCUCUGCUCUUUUUUCUGGUCCUAAUAAAUAAUAAUAAUAUUGUCUUUUUGGAGCACUCAGUGUUGCUGUUGAUCCUUGUCUUCGAGUACACUCAACUUUCAGGAAAUCUGCUUGUAAAUGAUGGAUGACAAAACCUCUGCAAGCACAUUUCAAGGAUUCAAUCAGAGAUGUUCCGAGGGAAAAAGUUCGUUCCGAGCUACAACAGAUUAUGAUGACAAAACUAUGCAUGUUAAUCAGUGUGGUCAGACUAGAAGUGGCACAGAAAAGUUGAAGAAAGGCUCAAAAAUUGUUGGAGGAGGUCUAAGACAAUACAGUAUAAUGGUUUGUAAGAAGGUGGAAGAUAAGGGACGGAUCACAUACGGUGAGGUUGCGGACGAGAUCAUAGCUGAAUUUAUGGCAACAGAAAGCAAUUCCUCAAGUCUCCUUAAUGAGUCAGAUGAGAAGAAUAUACGUAGACGGGUAUAUGAUUCGCUUAAUGUCCUUAUGGCCCUCGAUAUUAUCGAAAGAGAUAGAAAGGAGAUUCGCUGGAAGGGCCUUCCUAAUUCAGAUGCAAGGGACAUGGAGGACACUAAGGUGCGGCAUGCAGAAUUAGUCGCUAAGAUUGGGAAGAAAGCUGCAUAUCUGAAAGACCUGGAAGAGCAAUUUGCAAGUCUGCAAAAUCUUAAGCUGCGGAAUGAACAGUUGCGUAAAUCUACAAAUGGCCAUUCACAAGGAUUCUCUUUGCCAUUUAUACUUGUUCAGACCGCUCCCCAUGCUACGGUUGAAGUUGAGAUCUCGGAGGAUAUGCAAUUGGUCCACUUUGACUUCAACAGCGUUCCUUUCUCUUUGCACGAUGAUGCUUCUGUCCUAAAAUUGAUGCGCCAUUAUGAGCUCUUAGAUGGUAAAAAUGUAUCUCGAACUUCCUGAAGACACUCAUCUUGUAGCUAGUCCUGAUGUCGCUUCUGGAGGCAGCAGAUCAUUUUACUGAAACUCUGAAAUUGACACAUCAAAUGAAUCCUACACUGCAUAACUUAGUUGGUCACUCAAAGUGGAGACUCCAGAUUUAGUCACAAGUAUUUGUACCUUACAAAAUUCAUAGUUAAUCAUGGUUACAGCUUGCCUAUGUAGAAGUUGAGAUUUGGUAGCUGUCUUUGUUGCAUUUGCAAUAUUCAAAUUGGCUGACAUAAUGUGUUAGUAGUUUUGUUCUUUUCUGGAAAAUGGCUAUCAGAUUCAGUGAACAGAAAUGUAAUUGCUAGUACACUUUUAGAGUUGUGCUUAUAUUGUCAUAGAUGUCUGAGCUCCUGAUGCUAAUUGAUCGAUCUAUUUCGUGUA